AUGACUCCCCGCGGUGUUCAGGUCUGGUUCCAAAAUCGCCGCGCAAAAACCAAGCAGCAGACAAAGAAGGCAGAGGCCGCGAUUGCCUCAAAGUCCUCCGAUUCCACCGCAACUGCCGCUGCCGCCUCGUCCAACCCGCCAAUCGCGCCUCGCCCAGAGGGCGACGACGACGACGACGACGCUGAAGACGCAGACGAAGCGCUCCCCGCGUCGCCCCUACCCGAGGGCACAGCACCGGAGAACAUCGCGACAGCAGACAGUGCUCCCGCGAAUGCGAAUGCCAGCGCGCUCCAAGACAACGAACAGUCGAACUCUACUUCUGAUAGCCACCGUGGAUCGUUCGCGCAUCCCCGUCCCGGAUGGCCUCCCGUUGCUUCUCCCUCGAUCGACUCGGCAGCACCCUCUUCUUCCACAGCCUCUUCCUCUGCACUUAGCAGCCCCAGCCCCGCUAACAACCUUCACGUGCGUCUGUCCACUCACCCGCCCGCAGCGACGUAUUCGCACAACCACCUCGCGCCGACCGAGAUUUACUCGCAACGGCGUACGUCCCUCCCACCAUCGCUUCAUUCUAACGGCAUGGGUGCCGGCAUGGGUGUGGGCAGUCUCCGUCGACGCGGUGGGUACGAUCACAACGCGCCUCGACGCUCGACGGACCUCGGCGGCCACCGUCUGGUCGCACACCCAUAUAUCUCCGUCGCCCAGAGUGCGAACGGCCCGCACCACCUCUACGCUGAGGGCGAAGACGGCGCGCACCCGCAGAUCAGGCGCCCAAUGCUUCCGCAGCGCUUCACUGCGCCCUUCACCCCGAGCAUGCACUCGCCGCAGCCUCAUCCGCACCACUUGCACGCCCACUCGCAGCCCGUUCUCCCCUCGCAUGCGGCACAGCAGCGUCCGCAGCUCGCGCAGCGGCAGCCAUACGAUACCUCGCCCAUCCCCGUCUCUCUCUCGCACUCGCAGGGGUACAACCAGCCGCCGAUGCACGCAGGCUACAACCUCUUCGCGCCGCGCCACUCCAUCGACGGCUCCGCGCUCGGCCUCUCGCAGGCACAUGCGCAGCACAUGAGCAUGCACAUGGAAAGCGGGGGCGACGCGUUCACUAACAUGUCCGGCUACGCGCUCUCGCAGCGGCCCGCACCCGCGCCCAUCCCCGGCCCGCUGCCGUCGCCAAACUUCUCGUUCGGCGACCCUUUCCCCGUCCCCGGAGGUUCGUUGAGCUCGUCGACGAGCAACUCUGCGUCGGGCACGCCGCCGAACGGCGCUUCCCCGCCUCUUCUGAGUUUGCGGCGCACGAGCGAGAGCGGCGUGUCGGACGGGGACACCGAAGAAAGCAGCGGGGCGCCGCUGUCGCGCUUCGGGAGCAUUGCGAGCAUCGGUGGGAGCGAGGGCAGCUGGACGAGCGCGUAUGUGUCCGAGAACGGCGAGGAGGGCGAUGCUUGCGCCAGUCGGCGCCUGAGCUGCGCAUCCAACUUCCUGGACAUGUUCUCGGAGAUGGAUGUCGGGAGCACUGGCGGCACGCCCGCACCACACGGGAUGCCCGAGCACCAGCUGCGGCACACGCACUCGAACUCGCACCUCUCCCCGGGCGCGUACGCUGCGCAGCAGGCGCAGGAGCACUCGCCCGAUGGUCACAUGCACGGCACUUCCGACGGAGACGGAUACCCCUCGCCGUCGUCUGCGUCGACGGUCUCCGCGGGGAGCAACAACGGCGGCAACCAUACCAUGUCCCAAGAUACCACGCACCAUCAGCAGCACACCGCGAGCGGGAGCCACAUACAGGGCCAGAACCACCUGAGGAACACCUCGAGCGAGCUCGCGUACGCGCUGCAAGGCGAGCCGGAGCCGCCCCGGGCGUACCAGCAGCACCAACAGUCCAGCCCGAGCGAGGAUGACCCGUCACAGCUGCAAUACCCCAUGUACGAGCAGCAACAGCAGCAGCAAACUCACAACGGCGAGGGCGACUACACAUAUGGACAGGACCAGGGCCACUACGCGAAGGGCCCGGUCAACCACUUCCCGACGCUGUACGAAGGGUACGUGUACCCGCACAGCGGCGCGGACGGCCAAAUUCCGGAGGAAGAAGCGGCGAUGAACCAGCAGGCGUACGCGGCGGGCGCGAUCGAGCUCGGGCACAUGUGCGUGCCGGCGUCGGAAGGCGUGCACUUCAUGGGCGGGUAUAUGCACCAGUACUCCUAGCGGGCGCAUUUUGCGCCUUGCAGGCCCCCUCGACCUGCUAAAACUCUGCUUGUCUCUGUUGCUUCCGACCCUGUUGGAAAGGCACGCGCGUGCGCUGUCUUUUCCAGCAUGUACUGUCUAUCUCUGCUGCGUCGCUGUCAUGUUCCUGUCCCCAUCGCUGCCACACUCACUGCCCCGCCCCUGUACCUCGCACGCCCCUCGUUGGACUAUCCCUGCUCGUAUAGCUACCGCCCCGCCGUACAUGUCUGCGCCUAAUUCUCGCCCACAAGUCGCUCAUUGCCGUCGUUCUCCCCACCGCUGUCCUACACAACACUCCCUCCGUCCCUGCACAACCGCCCACC